AUGGCGCCAUCAGCAUUAUCAUCUUCGCGUCCAUGGAAGAAGUCUUCCAUGAAGACCCCUUGCGCGGCUUGUAAGAUACUAAGACGAAAAUGCAAACGGGCUGAGUGCCCGUUUGCACCUUACUUUCCGUCACACCAACUACAAAAAUUCUUCGACGUCCACAAAGUGUUUGGCGCAAGCAAUGUCUCUAAGAUUCUCAACAGUGUCCUCCCCUCCCAGAGGGAGGACACCGCCAAUUCACUUGCUUAUGAAGCCGCCAUGAGGCUCCAAUACCCCGUCUACGGUUGUCUCGGAAUCAUUACCCUACUCCAACACCAGGUCAACUGCCUCACAGCUGAGCUCUCUGACUACCAUAACCGACACCACCUUAUCAUGGCAAGGCUAGCUGCAUUCAAUGCACCUACCCGGGCCCACAACCACCGCUAUGAGAAUCUAGGCAUCAAUGCCAUCUCUGGGGCUGCAUCGAGUGUUGCCGCCCCAGAGCAAAUGAUCAACUAUGGUAACACUAGCAAUCUUGUAGCCGCCAUGAAUGGCGGAAUCGGCCAACUGAGUCACUUUGAGCAACCUUGGGCUGCCGCCAAGGAUGACCACCGCACCAUUAAUUGA